AUGACGUAUCAAGAACAAGAAUUCUUCAUAUCAGAGUCUUCACAACCGCAACAACCCUAUUCACAAAAAAGAAUAUUUAACAAUCAUAAUAAUCGUUGGUAUCCUUCACAUCUUUCAUCGUCAAAGUCUCUUCGUAUUGAGUGUAAAACUGAAGAACGACAUUUUCUAGGCAACACAUGUCCAUAUUAUAAUAUUGAUUCCUCUUUAAAACCUAUCCGUUGUACGAUGAGUGAUCAACUUGAACCAGGACAAUUUCGUUCAGAAAUUAUUGUUCACAAUAAUACCGACACAGAUAUACAUAUAAAAAGACUUCGUGUUGCUUUUCGUUAUCAUGAUGAUCCGCCUGAAAAUGCUACAUUAAAUAAUCCUGCAACAUCAUUAACAGAAUCAUCUAUACGUAGUCGUUCAGUAGAUAUGCCAAGAUCUUCAAUAUCACAAACACAGCAACAACAACAACAACAGAAAGAUAAUGAUUCAAAAAGAAAAUUUCAAUCAGCAACAUCAUCACAAUCUAAAUUAUUACAUCAAUGGAUUGAUGAUAUUUGUUCUAAUGAAAAAUUAAUGGCUACUGAUAAUAUUGUAUUUUUUAUUAAAAAUGGUGAAUUCUUUGCUAGAAUUUAA